CUUACAGCAAGGAUAUUCUUGCAAUUUCAACAUAAUAAAGGGACCACUUUUAAUAUUUUCCAAUAACCGGAAAGCAAAAAAUCAUUUGAUUGAUGAAUGAAUCUGUGAACUCGGGUACAUCAUCGGAGAUGACGGCAGGCAAUGGUCUGGCACCGAGCGUCGGCGGCGGCGGCUCUCAGGCGUACGGCGAGGCAUGGUACUGGGACAACCGCUACUCGCAGGACUCCUCCACCUUCGACUGGUAUCAGAAAUACCCCUCCCUCGCCCCCCUCAUCCGCCUCUACGUUCCUCGCCGCCACCCUAUCCUCGUCGUUGGUUCUGGAAAUUCGGCCUUUAGUGAGGGCAUGGCUGAUGAUGGCUAUGAUGAAAUUGUCAAUAUCGACAUCUCCUCAGUGGUGAUUGAAGCAAUGCAAAAGAAGUAUCAGAGUCGCCCACAGCUGAAAUAUAUGAAAAUGGAUGUACGAGAUAUGAGUGCUUUUGGUACGAGGUCCUUUGCAGCUGUCAUAGAUAAAGGGACGUUGGACUCCCUCUUGUGUGGACAAAACUCACAGCACAAUUCUUCUAAGAUGCUUGAGGAAGUCUGGAGGUAUAUUAGCAACUCAAAAUUCAUUGGCGCAUUAUAUAAUUCUCUUAUUUUAAUGUUGUUUUAUCCAUUUGGCGCUACUCCUAAGUUGACGCAGUUGAUGACAAACUAUAGGGUUCUCAAGGAUAAAGGAGUAUAUAUUCUGGUAAGUCGUGUCAUCGUGUUUCUAAGGGAAGGACAGAAAAAACAGAAAACAAAAAGGCAACCAAAUUGCUUUUAUAUUGUUAUGAAACUUAUUAUUUGCAUCUUUUUAUGCUUUUCUUGCUCUUACUUGAGAUUUCGAUGUAUUCAGAUUACAUAUGGAUCACCAAAUUAUCGACUGCCAGUAUUGCAAAAUUUAAAUUGGACGAUCAAGCUGCAUGUAAUAGAGAAGCUUCAACCAGGAAAUCAUAAUAAUAGUUCAAAUUUGAUCCCAGAACUGACCUCUCCUGUUCCCAUUCCCUUGAAUGUGGAUGAACAAAGCUUCCCAGAAGCAGCUGUGGGAAUAAAUUCCAACGUGCACUAUAUUUAUGUAUGCAUAAAGGAUGAUUCAGGGACAGGGUGAGGAAUGACUCAGUAAUAAUGGAAGAACGAUAUAAUGUAUUAUAUAUAUGCCACCUUCAGUUAUUGUUGUUUGUACUAGAUUUCUGUUGUAUUUUUGUAAGAAUGAUGGUGAGUUUCGUUGGUUGAGGAUGAUUGAUUUCAGAUGAACAUUUGAAUAUGUUGGUUUUCUAACUGAAUAUUAAAAUUUUGACCAUCUUGUAAUAAGUUUGAUUGGUGAAAUUUGUGCUCAUUGUCCAGUUUGUGUUCGUG